AUGACCGUUAGAGAAGUUGACACAACAGCGGUCGGACUAGAAGAAGGCUUACCGACCAAAGCCAAACACAUCUCCGUACAACUCAAACGCUACAUCACAAAAUCUGAUUGUGUUCCACCACGAGCCUAUGGUCUGCCGAAAAUCCAUCAACAAGAUGUACCACUUAGAAUCAUUGUCUCUUUCACUAAUAGUCCUACUUUCAACUUGGCUCGAACUCUGAGCAAAUGGAUUGGGAAUAACAUCGUCCUUCCUGCAUCACGUUUUAAAGACAGUUUCGUUCUUGUUGAAGGCAGUAGUAAAUUCAGCCUUCCGCCCAAUUACACUCUGAUCUCUCUUGAUGUGGUCUCCUUGUUCACUAACGUACCUCAAGAUCUGGCUAUCGACGCUAUCAAUAGUAGGUGGUCUCAAUUAUCCAACAAUGUCCCGGUUCCACUCAGGGAACUAAUUAACGCGUUGAACAUCUGUGUCAAGGCUACCAUCUUUAAAUUUAACAACACCAACUACGCCCAAACUUAUGGCUUACCUAUGGGCUCUCCGCUCUCCCCAAUCUUGUCCGAUCUUGUGAUGGAUGAUCUAGAACAAUGCUGCAUUAAAAAAUUGGAUUUCGCUCUUCCAUUUUAUUUGAGAUAUGUGGACGAUAUAAUUACAGUUGCCCCUAAUGACAAGAUUGAAACUCUUCUUGAAGUUUUCAAUAGUUUCCACCCUAGGCUACAAUUCACCAUUGAACCUGAAAUUAACGGCCGAAUGAGUUUCUUAGACGUUCUAAUCAUUGACAACAAUCAGCUCAUUAAAACUGACUGGUACCACAAAUCCACGUGGUCACAAAGCUAUCUAAAUUAUCGUUCGCUCCAUCGUAGAUCAUACAAGACUGGUAUGAUCUAUUGCUUGGUGGACAGAGCCAUCAGAUUGUCUAGCUCAGAAUUUCACAACAAAAAUCUUUCCUUGAUCUAUGACGCAUUACCCAAGAACGACUAUCCUGCCCUCGUGUUGCAGAAACAUAUACAGAAAAGACACCUCUCGAUUUUGUCAUCUAAUGACUUCAACCACAAUGAUCUUGGCGACGUUCCUGUCGUUCCAAAAAAUUUUGUGUCUAUCCCGUAUCUUGGCGGUGUGUCGCAAUGCUCGAACAGACACGCAGAGGCCUACAAUAGGUAUAUGGGAGAGGCAUUUGAUCCAGAAGUCGAAGAAUCUUAUCUUAUGUACUUUGAUGUUAACAAUUUGCACGGUGCUCCUAUGAGCUUUGCUCUGCCAUGCAGUUCCUUUGAAUGGGUAUCAGAUUUCAGUUCAAAAUUGAAUAUGGAAUGGCCAGCCUGCAAAAAACAGACGAAGAACGUGAGUGGUGCCGAGUCGGCGGAGACCAAGUGUUAA